UAUACUUCAAACAAAGUUCUUUUUCAUUCUUCGUUUAGGAGUUCGAAAUGCGUGACCAGCGAUAUACUGUAAUCGAACCUCUGACGCCGCCCACACUGAUGGUUAGAUGAAUAUGUAAAUACGUGCUGUACACUUUCUUCUCAGUAAUAAAAUAAACACAACUAAAUAAGAAAACUGCAAGCAUUUUUAUAGCAAGCAUAAGAAAAGCGUCUGAUCAUAACAACAUUAGUAUGUUAGCACGAGCUCUGCAAAUUAGCACUCCAGUCACGUCAUUUUUAUUUAUAUAGCACUUUAUUCAAUAGAUUGCUUAAAAGCAAGCAGCUUUACAGUAUCAAACAUGAAAAACAGUGUCAGUGCCUCAUUUCAUCAGAAGCACAACUUCAUUUUGUACUAUAAAGAGGCUAUCCAGUGUGUUCAUGUUUUCACCCGCGGAGCUCUUAAGGUCUUUGCACAUUGAGUCCGAAAUUCGCGUCUGAAAUGUUCGCACGUUAAAAAAUAACCGUACGUGAACGCCAAAAUCCCCUAUGCCAUUUGACAAGUUGAUCCACGUCGUCUACAGCACAAAGCAGUAGCACUGUAUGACAAACAAAGUGCGGAAAGAGACAGAAUAUAAAGAUAGAGUGUGCCAGUAUCGCUAGCAAAGCAUCAAACUGAGGCACUGACAUCCUGAAGUAAACUUUGAAACGCUCGAGAUAAUCACGCAGCUCCUUGAUGAGGUGAACUCUCCUUUCUCUCUGUGCAAUCUCGGGAUUGGAUGGACCCAAUAUUUCCUCUUUAUUUCAGUCGUCGUAGUUGAGCCGAACCAGUUCUGAAAGUUAGACUGGUUUUUCACUCAAACUAUCAUUGUUAGUUAAUCGUGUCCUUUCAGGUAAUCACAGUUUCACACGUUGUAUCAGAUCGUUUGUCUGUAAUCUCAGUCAUUUCCUACAUCAGAUCAACAAGCUUUAAAAUGUGUGUUUUUACAGUGUAGCCGAAUGAAGAGCUCUUCAGACAUGUGAAACAUCUGUCAGUCUGUGUGCUGCUCCACAAACCUUCUGCUUCGACUCGCUUUGACCUGCAGACCAAACACACAAACUACCUGUCAGUAACUGCUGCCUGUCAAGAGUUCAUCAAACAAUGACAGAACAAAACACCAGCAUCAACGGAUCAACUGGAGUCAAUAAUCACAGUGAACAGACACGUGAGCAAAGGGAAUUGAUCAGGAAACUUCUCUUUGCAGAGCCAUUAUUCAUCUGGAUCAUUUCAGUCAUUGAGAUUCCAAUCAUGAUCUUAACUCUGUUGGCGUUGUGUGCUCUUAUCAAAUCUCAGCGCUCUGCUUCAGUUUUUGUUAUUCAUCUGAUUCUUUCAGAUCUGAUUCAGAUCAUUUGUAAGUUAAUGAUGACAACUAAAUGGACACCAGCACUGCAGGAAUGGUUUAGUGAAAUCAAGUUAUAUAAAUUGAUUAGUGCAUAUUCUUAUAGUUUGAUUGUGGGUCUGUAUUUUAUGGCUUGUGUUGCUUUUGAACGAUAUCUUCUGGUUUCUCAUCCUAUCUGGUACAAAUCUCAUCAUUCACUAAAAGUCUCCUGUGUUAUUUCUGUGAUCAUCUGGUUUGUUCCUCUGAUCUUUGCAGACAUAAACUCCGAUUAUCUGUAUUCUAACUAUAUGCUCCGAUCGAUCGGCUGUUUUAUCCCCUGCCCGAUAAUCAUUCUGUGUUUUGUUGGUACUCGUCGCGGUCUUUCACACGCAAUAUCUCUUACUUCUCUAAAGCGACAAUUAAUUUUGGGAAGUUUGUUCCUGGUGCUGCUGACUUACUCAUUUCUCAUUCUCCCCUAUGUAAUCCUGCGUUUUAUUGAUGCGAUUUUUCCCAAGUUGGCGGACAGUUUAUUAUUUGUUAAAGUUUCUUCUUUUUUUAAAAACCUCCUGUAUCUGAACCCACUCGCUGACUGUUUGUUGUACUUGUUCAUGAGGCCUGAUGCUGGUGAUUUAAUGAAGUUUGAUCACUGCUGUUGUAGAACUGACACAGCCGGGAUGAACAUACGAUGCUGUAGGAUCAACGUUCCCGCAGUAAAACAGGUCCAACAGUCUGCUGGAUCCUCCACACACGAGCAGGUUUCAGUGUGA